GGGUGCGAAAGGACAGACCUAGAGAGAGAAUAAGGGAAAAGAGAUUUUAGAGAGAGAAAAUUAUAGAGAGAGAAAACCAAAACUGCGUCCUCGCAGCCGCCUUGCCCCCUGUUGGUUUUGGCGUCGUCUUCUCUCUCUAAAAAGGCAGGUCUCUUCUUCCCUCUCUCUUUUGCUCUCUAAAAAGGCGGGUCUCUUCUUCCCUCUCUCUUUCUCUCUCUAAAAACCCUGACGGGAUUAAAAUCCCUCAAUCUUAUUCGGCCUUCAAGACGCCGAAUUUUUUUACUACGAAUCCAUGCAAUCUCUCUCUCUAAAAGCUCUCCUUACAGAGCCCUGUCUCAUCUUCUCCACCGCCUCCGUCUCUCUCUAAAAAAAAACCCUAGAUCCAGAGAUCGCCGCGCCAACCCUAGUUUCAGGGCUCUCGUUCGCGGUUGAUCUCGCUUCUCACCUCUCAGAUCUACUUCUCUGCGACUCUUCGCCCCCGUUCGGCCUCUUUUCUCCCAUAUUUCUCUGUUUUUCGCUGCACCAGAAGAGCUAGGGCUUCAGCUUCCGCCAGAUCCGUUAGGGUUUCGGAUGUUUUCCCGUCCCUUUUGGGUUUUCCUCUCUGUUUUGACGAAGGGUUUCACUGGUGAGACCGCUUGGAACUACCCUGAUUUAUAGGGUUUCUUUCUCUGCAACUGCUUAAGAAAAAUGUCGAUCUUGCCCAAAAACGAGACGAUCCUGAUUAGAGAGGUAUGGGGCGAUAACCUAGAGGAUGAGUUUGCGCUGAUUCGUGAAAUAGUUGAUGAUUACCCCUACAUCGCUAUGGAUACAGAGUUUCCAGGCAUUGUUCUUCGCCCUGUUGGUAAUUUCAAGAACAGUUCAGAUUUUCAUUACAAAACCCUAAAAGCAAACGUGGACAUGCUCAAACUGAUCCAGUUAGGGUUAACUUUCUCUGAUGAAGACGGCAAUCUCCCAACUUGUGGAACCGAUAAGUUCUAUAUCUGGCAAUUCAAUUUCAGGGAAUUCAAUGUCCUUGAAGAUGUUUAUGCGAAUGAUUCUAUAGAAUUGCUCAGGCAAAGCGGGAUCGAUUUUAAGAAGAACAACGAGAAGGGGAUUGAUGCCCAAAGGUUUGGAGAGCUUCUCAUGUCAUCUGGCAUAGUUUUGAAUGAUACAGUUCAUUGGGUCACUUUUCACAGUGGUUACGAUUUUGGGUAUCUGCUAAAGCUCUUGACUUGCCAGAAUUUGCCUGAAACUCAAGCUGGGUUCUUUGGCUUGAUCAAUAUGUAUUUCCCCACUGUGUAUGAUAUCAAGCAUCUGAUGAAGUUUUGCAAUAGCCUUCAUGGUGGAUUGAACAAGCUUGCUGAAUUGCUCGAUGUGGAGAGGAUUGGAAUUUGCCACCAAGCUGGAUCAGAUAGUUUGCUCACCUCUUGUACCUUCAGGAAGUUGAAGGAGUCGUUCUUUAAUGGAUCGACUGAGAAAUAUGCUGGUGUUUUGUAUGGUCUAGGGGUUGAGAAUGGAAACAGUAUUAACUGAGUAAAGGAUGUGAAAAAAAUAAUAAGAAAAUGAAUAGAAAGACUGUUGAUUACAUGUGGAUUUUAGGCUCCUUUUAUCUCUUGUACAACCUUUAGCAAAUAGAUUGCUGGUUUCUUUUUGAAGUAUGAAUUUUCCAUUCGUACAGGAAAUUUUUAUUUUUA